GGAUCCGAGUUAGAAUAGGUCGUCAGUACCCCUUGCAUGUCGUAAGAGGCGACUAAAUGGGGCGAUCCUUUGGAUGAGACCGCAAAACCCAAGGUCCCGUGUCAUAGCAGGUGUGGCACGAUAAAGAUCCCUCCCUGUUCAGCGCCGAACAAAGGCCUAAAUUUUGCUGUCUUUCACCGACAAUGGUGACGUCUUCAUAUGAGAGAAAUAUUCUCGAGAGGGACGUUAAACAAUAUUCAAUCAAUCAUGUACAAUUUUGUAAUUUAUGAUACAAGUAGUAAAGACUUGGAACUAAUUCAAACGUUGUAAAUUCGUUAAUACAUCUUACCAAACAGAGCAUCGAUUCUUAUUAACUUCUAUAAUGAUUUACACGAAAUGUAUGAAAAUCUAGUAUUUUGGCCAUGGAUGCAUUUAUUAUUACAAUAAUUCAAACAUUUGAUCCAUCACUCCUUAAAAGUUCCAUCUUCAAUUUGAAGGCAAGACAUUGUAACUUUUGUGCAAUUUCUAAAACAAAAAAUGACAAUAGUCCUAGUACGUUCUUUUUUUAAAAUUCUCAAAUUCUAGUUGAUGAGUUUUUAUUUGUUUUUUUGUUUUGUUUUUUUGUUUUUUGUUGUUUUUUUUUGUUUUGUUUCUUUGUUGUUGUUUUUUUCGUAUUAAUUAUCAAAAGCAAAAAGGUCAUUAUUUAAGUCAUUAUUUAAUUCCUAACUGCUAGUUUUAUACUUUUUAUAUCCAUAUUGCUAGAAGAAACAAAUAUGUAUUUAUUCCAUGUAAUCAUUGAUUUGUGUUGCUUAUGUUGUGCAUGUUGACACCAAUGCAACAGACAGAUCGACUUUAUGCGCGAAUAAAUAGUAAGUAUAUUUAAGCGCAUAACUCUAGGAUUGAGGAAUUUACUAUAUAGAUCAAUAACAAGUACUCUGACUCUAGUUUUUCUUUUUAAUUCUUAUGUGAAAAUCAAAAAUACUUCUGGGAAAAAAAUUGACAAUACCCCAAAACUCAGGAGCGAAUCUAACUCCCUAUUUGAAGGCUAAAGCCCUUUAGCCAAUGGUAAUCUCUUUAAUCUAUAAAUUGUGUUAAAUACAAAGGGUUAAAGAGGUCAAAAGCUCCCAUCCCUUUAAAAUCACGUCAUUUUGUCCUUAUUUCGAGACUCUCUAUCGUCACGGUACACGGUACAAGACGAGACACAUCUCUUUAUUUGUUCUGAUAUACAACAUGUAUACAUACAUUUAUGUUGACCUGCUGCCCUUCGAGGGCUUGUUCAAUGUUCAUGAUGCCAAUUUCUACAGUUGAAUAGUUGUAUGUUUUGGGGUGGGUUUUUUUUUCGGGGGGGGGGGGGUAAAUCUUGAUUUGAUUCGGUAAGUGUAGACAGGAUCAUCCCAUGUUUCUACUUCACUAGUUAGAACAAUCUGUGUCUCGGAACAGGCCCUCACCUCAUUAAACAGGGCCCAUACUUAGGACAUUAUCCCGGGUCUGUAGGACAUUAUUUUCUAUCUGCACGUCCCUGUAUGUAUUCUCCGGUAUUUCUAAAUCAUCGGGUGUAAUUUUGUGAAUUCAUUGCAUUAAAAUGCAAGUCCAGAAAUUUUUCACCGAGAAUAAUGCGAGCUUAUAUGGUACUUUUUUCCCAACAAUAUGAGUGGAGGGGCAAUCUAAUAAUAACUUUUUAAAGAUAGAAUUUCCAUCCAAAGGGGCCCCAGUCAUUCCCUUUCGCUAGGUGGAUCCGCCUCUGCUUCGUGAUAAAUCCACUCCCAUGAUCCCAGAGGGAGGGGUCCUGUUGAGAAACAGCGAACCAUGGCAUUCCUUGUAAUUCCUUCGUGAAAAUGACAGAACAUACUGUGUUUCAUUAAAAAAAAAAAAAAAAAAAAAAAAAAAAAAACAAUACCCUAGGGCUAACCGAGACACCUUGAUGUUGACAAUUUUAGUGAAGUUUGGAAUGUCUUCAUACUUGCAUGUAAAUAUGCAUUUAAAUUCCCUGGGUUUUCUACAACGGAUUUCUAAAUCAACGUUACAUAGACCUAACGGAUGUUCUAAAAUAAUAAAACAAAUAAAACUUACCUUUCAGUGUGUAUCGUUGGACUGGGUCCGUCUUUCUAGCAUUCCGUAAGAAAGUGAGGCCUCGGAGGGGGAUUUCAAACCUUCCCCGAUAUAAAACCAGGGGAUUGAAAGUGAAACCAAGCUGGAAAGUGAAAGUAAAGUGAAUGUCAAACAUGAGCACACCGGAAUCGGAGCAGAGUAAUAACACAGAAAAUCAAACAGAGGAAAAUGUACGCAGAAUCAAGACAGUGUUGCCUCAUCACAUGGCAGGGGGUCCAAAGGGGCUAGGUGACCCUGAUGACAGAACUCUGCGUAAAGUGGAAGAGGAUACAAUGGUUGGAAAUGUGAUGCGAGAGCGAGGGAGGAAUCGCUGUGAAAAGGAACUUCUGGACUUUAUGGAAUGCUCCGAUGAACAUUAUAUACUCUUUCCAUGGAAAUGCAAGACUCAGAGCAAACUAUACAACAAUUGUUUAACAGAUCUAUACAAUGAUUCAGAAUUUCAAGAUGAGUGCAAAGAGAUUUAUCUGCAGAGAAGGCGGCAUUAUCGUCUUACUGGAAGGUUCGACACUUACCACGAGAAAAAUGAAGCCUCCAAAAAGAAACUAGAGGAAAGAAAAAAAGUGAAAGAAGAGAGAGAGCAACAGAAACAAUUACAGACAGAGAACGUUGAAAAUUCAGAGGACUCGAGUUUAUUUGGAAGAUUUAGAAAUUUGUUUAGAUCAUGAAUAAAAUGUUUUUCAUCUUAUAGACAUUA